UGUGUGUGUGUGUGUGUGCACUCAGCAGCCCGCCUCUGGCCGGCUGAUGCUUUAGUCUCGUCCCUGUCCAUUCGGCUGAGGAGAGGGGAGAGAGGAGACAUCCAUGGGUGGCUGUGUGGGCAGUCAUCAUGACUCUUCUGGCAGCUUAAACGAAAACUCAGACGGAACCGGAGUGGCACUGGGGCGUAAUCAGCCCCUGAAGAGAGAGAAGCCCAAAUGGAAGAGCGAUUACCCGAUGACGGACGGCCAACUGCGGAGCAAGCGCGAUGAAUUCUGGGACACGGCGCCUGCCUUCGAGGGCCGCAAAGAGAUCUGGGACGCGCUCAAGGCCGCAGCACAGGCCUUCGAGAGCAACGACCACGAGCUCGCUCAGGCCAUCAUCGACGGAGCUAGCAUAACUCUUCCACACGGUGUUCUGACCGAGUGCUACGAUGAGUUGGGCAACCGCUACCAGCUCCCCGUCUACUGCCUCUCUCCGCCCGUCAACAUGAUCGAGGAAAAGAGCGAGAUGGAGACGCCCGAGGCCCCCGAAGCCCCGCCCACCGAGGGACACGAGUGCCAGCUGCGUCUGCGUCUCUCGACGGGUCGCGACCUGCGGCUGGCCGUGCGCUCCGGAGACAGCGUGCUGUUCAUGAAGCGGCGUCUGCAGGCUCAGGAGGGCCUCGAGGCUUCCAGCCAGCGCUGGUUCUUCUCAGGCCGGCCGCUCAGCGACCGCAUGAAGCUGCACGAGCUCAACAUCUCCAAAGACUACGUGGUGCAGGUGAUCGUCAGCCAGCCGCCGCCCGUGGAGAAUUGAUGGAAAACUGUGAAAUGCUCCAGCAUCUUCUUUCCGUGGAGACAAUGAAAGUUGCUGGGGGAAGAGUGUUGUGUGUAGAACAUUGGAGAUCUUACCAGGAGAGGAACUGGGUUCUCACAAGCAUGCUGCUCUAAAGAGAGACCUGAGAAGAUUCAUGAAGUGCUUUCUCUGUUUUUUUUGUUUUUUUUUCUGAUGCGUUUAUGUCUGCAAGGCAGACCUGAAAUACGGACGUCUAAAACUCUGUGGCGCUCUGUGAGACUUUCCUACAGCCAUACCUUGUCUUGGCUUUUUUUAUUUGGUUUUUAGUGGAAAACUCUACUCCCGAACUAGUUAGGGAAUAUAAGAAUAUAUAAAAGAAGGAGUCUAAAUUUCAUUUUGUUCCUCAAAUGUCUUUUUUUUCCUGCUCUUUUUAGGUCAGGUGUGCAUUUAAGCGACUCUCUUGCACUGUAAAACAAUCCUAAAGUGAAUAGGCAUUUUUUUUUUUUUAAAGAGGAUCUGCAGAAGGGAACCUGUGUUUUUUUUUGUUUUCUUUGUGUAGUAAAUCAGCUGUUUGACCUUUAGUCUAGAUUUCGGCUCAUGUGCUUUGACACAGGGGAAGUGUCACGUAAUGCUCCAUGCUGUACAUCUGUCACCGUAACGUAGAUGAGAUGCACGACGUCGAUCUGCUGCACAGUCGCUCUGCGUUGCAUGUCAUGAAGAAUCUGGUUGGUUCCUCCAGGUUUCCAUGGCACCGUGUUCUCUCUCUCUCUCUCUCUCUCUCUCUCUCUCUCUCUCUCUCUCUCUCUCUCUCUGUCUCUUUCUCACUGACGCUGUGUGAGAGGAGUGCUUUGUUUUAAAAGGGGUGUGUGUAAUCACAAACACAGGGGCCGAGGAAGAAAGGAAGGGUUGAUUGACUGUCUGGGCACCAAAAUAGGUGCUAUGAAGACAGAAAAAGAGACGCUAAAGCAGUUCGCCUGAAUGUAGCGAACGUACGCGUAAUUUACUUCUGCUAUGUGUUUUUAAACGGCCUCUGCUCUGUUGAAGGGGAAAUGGCAAAUACGAUGGCUUAUUUUAAUGAUACAGAAUGAGUUUUUAAUUAAAAUAUGAACGUUUCUACUCCA